UCGCUCCCUCUACCAGAGGCAGCUGCACCUGCUCUGGGGGCCCAAGGAGCGCGCGGGCCAGGGGCGGCCCCAGAGAGGAGGAGGCGGGCGAGGAGCGGAUCUGCCAGGCCGUGUCGCGGCGGCGUCUCGCGGCGAGAAUCAGGAGGAGGAGGAGAGGCAAGGAUAGGCCCAGGAGUAAUGGAGUCCAAACAGAAACAAGCACUUAAAAAUCUCAAAGUGGAAAAUGCUCAACAGGAAAGCGAAGGAGAGGAGCAGGCCUCUAUUCAGAGUGAAGAGGAAUCCCGCCACUUGGGAGGGGCUAAAGGCCAGAAGCCUGGAGGAAAUGUCAAGCUCGGGCGAGUCAGGCGACUUGUCCCUAAUUUUCGAUGGGGCAUAUCUAGUAGGCAUAUUGAUCGCAAUGAAGUGGGAGAUGAUGUAGAAAAGUUUGUUGGGCAGAUGAUGGAAAUCAAAAGAAAGAGUAGGGAGCAGCAGAUGAGGCAUUACAGGCGCUUCCAAACCCCUGAACCUGACAAUCAUUAUGACUUUUGCCUCAUACCUUGAAACUAAGAUUUUUCCCUGAGGCUCCAAAUGUGGCCACUGCUUUACAAGCUUGCAUUUUUGUAAAACAUUUGGUGUAUCUAUAUUAAUUUCUGGUUGAAUAUUUUGCUUCAAUUUAAAAGAAGUUUCUGCAUGGCCGUUCAACCUGUUUUAGAAAAAAAUGCUUUUCAUAGUUUGAAAUUAAUAAAGGAAU